CUCUUGACCCCAGACUGGGCGGCGUUCACACAGCAGCCUGGUCAGCGGUGAAUCGAUCAAGUUAAUGUUCAGCUCGCACAGUGACAGCAUCAGCGAACAAAGGUCAAACUCGGAGAAACAGAAAGAGCUGCCGGUCUGCGAGGAGUCAGGAGAGCCGGGAGGACAAGACCAUGGUGGCCAUAACAGAGCUCCAGAAGGUGGGUGUUGGUCUGGUGGGCUUCGGCCUCUUCUUCCUGCUCUUCGGCGUGCUGCUCUACUUUGACUCCGUGCUGCUGGCUUUCGGAAACGUCCUGUUCUUGGCCGGUCUGAUGUUGAUCAUAGGCGUCCGCCGAACCUCGCACUUCUUCUUCCAAAGACACAAGUUACGAGGCUCGGCCUUCUUCCUGGGCGGGGUGGCUCUGGUGCUGUGCAGGUGGCCCGUCAUUGGCAUGUUGGUGGAGAGCUACGGCUUCGUGCUUCUGUUCAGGUCUUUCUUCCCCACCGUCCUGGGAUUUGUGCUGUCUGCUGUCAAUGUCCCUUUCCUCAGCGCGCAGCAGCAGCUCCAUGGUGUGAAGGCUCCAGGCUCCAGGGUGGAGGGGAGCGGACAGACGAGGACCGGCCCCAGCAAGUGCUAUUUGUCUUUCACUGCCGAUCUGCGAGAGACUUUAUUCCUCACCAGACCUGGAGUGGGACAUAUACAGGCGGAGAAGUUUAUUUGCUUUAGAGGUCGCAGCGGGUGGACCUGACGGAUGAAUGACAACUGACUGCUGCCAUGGUUGAGAACUUUCAAGUCCAUUGGACUGUGGGAGGAGAAGUUUUCUGAGAGGAGAAAUGCCUCGUGGAUUUACACCCGAACUCAACACAUGCUCACAUUCUUAUGGGACGUCGAGCCACAACACUGAAGGAAAGAAGAAAAAUCAUCUGACAUGAAAAUUCCUGACAUAAAUACAAUAAACACUGGGAAAGUUCAGUUUAUGUUCCAAAAAGGACGGCAUAUUAUUUACGACGUUUAUGAUGAUGACAUACAUUCUCAGUAAUGGAAAAAUAAUGGAAGAUACUUUAAAGUCGCCAAUACCUCGGGAGCAAAACCCUGGGUAAAAAACAAUAAAAAUGCAGGUCCUUUUAUCAGUAUUUUCUUCAGUACUUGUAUUUAUUUAAUCUGAGGAGGAGGUCAUUUUCUUUGGCUCUGAUCUCAUGAGGGCCACACUUGGCCCCGGGGCCACUCUUUUCCCACCUCUGCUUGAACAAAAUGCGACACUCUUUUCCUAAACAGCCACCGGAGCAGGGAACACACUCCACCACACAGCUCCAUGAAGCCGCUGACUCCAUCAUGUUCUCUCUGUAGUUCCCCUCCGUGACCAGGGGUGGCGCCGUGAGCUCUCCAGUCCUGUCACUUCUUCUUAGACAGGCAGCGAGGAGCCGCUUCACACUGUCCUACUGAGCUGUGGAGACAGUGAUGGUGCUGACUGAUGCACUGGUUUCACUGCAGAGCUCCAGGAUCAGUCCAGCCACGGUUCAACACUGUCACCGUCAUGGAGCCUCCAUCCUCAACACGCUGCCUUCACCAGGUUUCUGGAUUAAAGUCAAUAUUCUGGAGAGUCUGUUGUCCAUGCAUCACAAGGUCGACAGAUGUGGAGUAACUCAAGUACAGAGUGGCGCUUUAGCUCACCGUCGUGAGCCUGGACUAGCUUGGGUUUCCAGCGGUUGCUAGCGUGCAGCUAAUGUCUCCUUGAACCAACAAGUCACGUCUUCUAACGUUCAUGUGAGAACAAAGGAUCCAAACCACCUGACACAUCUGCAGGUCAUGACCUCUCCCCAAACACCACCAGCAAAUGAAAGUAAAAGUACUCAUUGGACCAAAGCAGGUUUGGAGGCCACAAAUCCACCUGGCCUCUAUUGACUGACCUCCUAUUGUCCGAGUGCAACUGGACACCAGCUCUCCAGUAAAUAAUUACCUGAGGAAACAGGUCGAAUGCUUGACCGAGGCUUCCC